CAAGCCUCUACUUGAGUAUCCUGACUGUAGGAGGUCACUGGGAUCCUGGAGUACAAAGUGAAUGGGAAACAGGGAUGUAGAGAACAAAGGGAGAGAGUGCCUUCUAUUGCUCUAACAAAUUUCUCCAAUAGCCAGCAGCUUAAAACAAUGCACAUUUCCUAUCUCACACAGUUUCUGAGGGUCAGGAAUUCAGGAGAGCUUAGGGUCUCACAGGCUGUACUGCAGUAUCUAGUCUUGGAACUGAAGGCUGUUUCUAAGACAGCUCGUGUGGCUCUUUGCAGAGGCCUGUUUCCUCACCGCUUGGGCCUUCCCACCAGCGGUUCGAGUGUUGCAGCUGCUUCCCCCAGAGUGAGACCCAAGAGAGAAAGAGCAACACAGAAAAGCCAGUGUUAUUCAUAGCCUGACCUAGAAGUGAGGUUGUACUCCAUUGACCACAUAGAACAAUCUUGAGACCAUGUUGGAGGCGACCACACAAAAGCAUGAAAACCAGAGGUGGGAAUCUCUGGGAACCAUCUUGAAAGCUGGCAGUCACAGCGACUUUGCCUUUGGCCAACUGACUUUGCCUUCCAAGGCACAAGUCAGGCUUCUGGGGCCAGGCUUGGAGAGCCAGUGUGAGGUUGGUUUAGUGGAGAUUUGGUUGGUGAACAUUGGGAGCAUGUUGAAGAACUUUAAUCAGACCAAUAUAUAUUGUGCAUUUCCCCCCAACAUUGAACAUUAUAGUGGGACCAUGGAUCUGUUUGGAGAUAUAGAUGACAUUUCUUCAGAGAGUGAUGAGGACAAUCUACUACCCAUUCCAAGACAGCCUGUUGUAAGUACCAUCAUGAAUGAUGAACACAGAAUACCUCAGGACCAGCAGGAAGAAGAGCCUGUUUCUGAAACCAGAAUAGAAAUAAAAAUUCCCAGUAUCAACUCUGACUUAGGAAAUGAAUUAUAUUUUGUUAAACUACCCAAGUUUCUCAGUAUAGAACCCAAACCUUUCGAUCCUCAGUUUUAUGAAGAUGAAUUUGAAGAUGAGAAAGUGCUUUAUGAGGAAGACAGAACCAGGUUAAAAUUAAAGGUAGAAAAUACUAUACGAUGGAGGAUUCGCCGAGAUGAAGAAGGAAAGAAAGUUAAAGAAAGCAAUGCCCGGAUAGUCAAGUGGUCAGAUGGGAGCAUGUCUCUGCAUUUAGGCAACGAUGUGUUUGAUGUCUACAAAGCCCCACUGCAGGGCAAUCACAACCACCUAUUUAUAAGGGAAAACACUGGUCUACUGGGACAAGCCAUCUUUAAAUCCAGACUUACCUUUAGACCUCACUCUACAGACAGUGCCACACAUAGAAAGAUGACCCUGCCACUCCUGGAUAGAAAUUCAAAGACACAGAUUAGAAUCUUGCCAAUAGCUGGUCGUGAUCCUGAAUGCCAACGCACAGAAAUGAUUAAGAAAGAAGAAGAACGCUUGAGGCUGUCUACUCACCAGGCUGUCCAUCUGCAGGGGAAACAGAACCAGCAGGGGCCAAGUGUUCUUGACCAGGACCUUGGCAGUGAUGAGGAUGAGGAAGAGGAACAAGCUAGAUAUUCCUCAGACGACAGUGAUGAAAGAUCAGAAGAUGAAGUUCAAAGAUUACUCAAAGAAAAGAAAAUCACUGGUGAUGAGGUAAGCCCGCGUUUACUCAAUUCUAAGGGUUGGCCUUGUGCCCAGGAAUCAACUCCUGGGAAGAGGAGCUCACAGACCAGAAGCAAUUUGUCUCACUGAAAUUCAGUGAGACAAAUGCAAUAAUAGGAAUUAGAGUGGCCCAGAGAAGGGUCUGAUACCUGUGCUUGAUGGCUCUUGGAAGGCUUCUCAGAGGAGACUUCUAAUAGGCACUAAGAGUAAGUGGAAGCUUGGCAGGCACAUGGGCCAGAGUUGAGCAUUUCAGGAAGGAACAUACUAUAAGACAAGAUGCAGGAUUCUCAGAUACCAUAGCUCAGGUAAAGAAUGAUAGUUUGGUGUCAGUAAAACAAGGAAUCUAUCAUGUUUGUUGUGGAAAAAUGAGUAUCUUUAUUGUUUGGAUAUUAUAGUAGUUGAGGGUUAUUUCUAUUGAAAUAUUUCUCCCAGUAUUUCCUUGUUUUCUUUUAUAACUUCAAAGGAACAAAGAAAUUUUAAGUCUUAACUAAGUAUGAGAAUCACUGUUAUUGCCUUUAUGCCAUAUGAAUUUAUUCAUUAUUUUUGUAACACUUAGCAUAUGUAUUUUUUUUAGUACUGGGGAUUAAACCCAGGGCACUCUACCACUGAGCUGCAUCCCCAACCUUUCCCCCUACCUCCUAGGUGGGUCUUGUUAAGUUACCGAGGUUAGCUUUGAACUUGCCAUCUUCUUACCUCAGCCUCCUGAGUCAUUGGGAUUACAGGCAUGUGCCACUGUGCCUGGCUUGCAUUCUAAGUUCCAGAGAUACAGAUAGAAAUAAGUCUCAUAGUCACAUAAAUGCUUAAUUAAACUUUAGUGACUUUUUCAUUUGUUUUCCAUACACAUAUAUAUUUAAAGAUUUAAACCAUACUGAAAAAACACAUAAGUCAUUAGCAAUCUUUGCUUAAAAUCAAAAGGCUUUUAAAAAGCUCUAAAAUACUGAAUUGUAGAUAGAAAAAAGUGAAGUACUGAGGAAGAGAGGGACAUAUUUCAAGUAAUAUGGUAAGGUCACUCAGUAAACCAGGCGUGGUGCACAUACCUAUAGGUAUAGGUAUUCCUGUACUCAGGAGGCUGAGGGAGGAGGUUUGAAAGACCACAAGUUUGAGGUCAGCUGGGGUAACUUAGCAAGACCUUGUCUCAAAAUAAAACAGUGGGCCUGGGGUUGUGGCUCAGUGGUAGAGCGCUUGCCUCCCAAGCGUGAGGCACUGGGUUCGAUCCCCAGCACCACAUAAAAAUAAACAUAUUUUAAAACAUUAAAAAAUAAAACAGUGGUAGAGGGCUUGCCUAGCAUGUUCAAGGCCCUGGGUUCAAUCUCCAGUGUGGCAAAACAAAAACAGUCAGUAUAGAAAGAAAGUCAGUCUUACAUGACAGCAGCCCUGGGAAACCCAGUUUCUAGGAGCCUGACCUUAUAGAGCCAGUGUCUCGUGUGAUGCACGUCAGCCACUAGGAGUGUCAAGGUCUAACAUGAGGAGCUGACUCUUCCCUU